AUGGGGCCGAAGAAGAAGGAACAUUCAGUGGCGUUGCGUGAGAGAGUGCUAUUGCUCCACCCACAAGGGAGAAGCUAUCGACAAACUGGAGCAGAGGUUUCUGUUAGCUACACCACGGUACGAGACAUCAUUCACAAUAAUAAAGAGACUGGAACAACAGUGAAUAAGUGUCGUCCUGGACGUCCAAAAGUGCUUACAACCCGAGAGCGUCGCCGUAUCAUCGCACUUGCUCGGAAGGAACCUGCUACAAGUGCAACAACUAUUGCUGAGGUUGUUCAGACAGCGUCCGACAAGACGGUUAGUGUACAAACCAUACUAAAUGUGUUGAAUGAGGGUGACAUUCAUGGACGUUCUCCCAGGAAAAAGCCAUACAUAUCGGAAAUUAACCGGCAUAAACGCCUACAGUUUGUCAAGGACUACAUCAGCAAGCUAGGAAAUGUAUGA